GGCCUGUGGGAGGAGGAGGAGGGGGUUGUUGGGAGACAUUUCGGCUCUGGAUGUUGCAUGCGCUGCGCCAAGUUCACUCCAAACUUUGAAAAAAACGAAUGAACAAGACUUCUCGGGAGAGCAGUGCAUUCGUCGGAACGAAAAAGCCGUUUGAAGUUCGGGCGACAUGGAGUGGGCUCGCACGUGCCUCCUGCUCUUCCUGACGUUUGGUGCUGCUCUGUCGAAUGAGUCCACCUCGGAGGAGCAGCGUGCAGGCUGCAGCACGGUUCCUCACGACCUCGUCUUCAUACUGGACGGCUCGUGGAGCGUGGGGGUGUCCAGCUUCCACACGGUCAAGGACUGGCUCGUCAACAUCACCAACAGCUUCGAGGUGGGGCCCAGGUACACGCAGGUCUCCGUCGUGCAGUACAGCGACUCGCCAAAGCUGGAGGUGUCCUUCAGCGACCGCGCCUCCGCCGAUCGUGUCGUCUCGGAGAUCCGCUCCAUAGGCUACCUGGGCGGCAACACUCACACGGGCAAGGCCAUCAAGUUCGCCAUGGACGAGGUGUUCGCCUCGUCGGCGCGGCGCGGGUCUGACGUGGCCAAGACGGCGAUCGUCGUGACGGACGGCAAGUCGCAGGACAACGUCACGGUGCCCGCGCAGGAGGCCCGGGCGAGCAAGAUCACUCUCUUUGCCGUCGGCGUGGGUUCGGCAGCCGAGGAGCAAGAGCUGAGGAACAUCGCCAGUCACCCGCCCUCCACCUACGUGUUCUCGGUGCAAGACUACGACUCCAUCUUCAAGCUCAAGGAGGUGCUGAAGCAGAAGAUUUGCGAGGAGACGGUGUGCCCGACGCGUAUCCCCGUGCCAGCCCGCGAUGAGAAGGGCUUUGAGCUGCUGGAGGGCAUGAUGAUCCACAAGAAGACGGCGCGAGUGCUGGGCUCCUUGCCCACGCAGUCUGCCUUCUCCAUCAGCCAGCAGGACGACAUCACAGAGAGCACCAAGGGGGUGUUUCCUGAGGGGCUGCCGCCGUCCUACGUCUUCGUGGCGACGUUCCGCAUGCCCCGCGACGUGGCGCGGCGCCGCUGGGACCUGUGGCGCAUCGUGGCGCACGACGGCGCCCUGCAGGUGGCCGUCACGAUGGACGGCGAGGGCCGCUCGGUGCACUUCGCCGCCACGAGCCUCCUGCGCACCGCGCAGAGCGUGGAGUUCGUGGGCCCCCUCGUGCAGAAAUUGUUCGAUGAGAAGUGGCAUCAACUUAGAAUUGUUGUGACAGAAACAUCUGCAACUUUGGUAAUCGAUGAUGAAGAAGUGGACUAUACAAUUUUGGAUAAUAUAAUUUCAAUUUUUAUCAACGGAAAAACCCAAAUUGCUAAAUAUUCACAGCAGGAAGCGACAGCGCCGGUUGUAAUCCAGAAAAUUAGAAUAUAUUGCGACCCUGGACAAAGCAAAAGAGAAACCGCUUGUGAGAUUGGAGGUGUUAAAGAUGAACGGUGCAAGGAAAUCCAGGCAUUGGUGGGAACACUUCCUGAACCGUGUCAAUGUCCGGCAGGGAGUCCUGGUCUGUAUGGCAUGCGAGGCUUCAAGGGGCACAAGGGGCACAAGGGCGAGAGAGGAGACCCCGGUGCCGAUGGCAAGUCGGGCAUACGUGGAGAGCCUGGUUUCCCAGGGGCAACAGGACCUCAAGGGCCCCAGGGUCCCCUUGGGAUUCGAGGGAUUUCGGGAAGAGAAGGAGAAAAGGGAGACCCGGGCAGUCGAGGGGGGCCCGGGCUCCCUGGGGCAGCUGGACUCAAAGGACACAGGGGUGUGCAGGGCCCAGUGGGCGAGCCUGGAGUAGCAGGCCCGCCAGGGAGGAAGGGGGAACCAGGUUCAAAGGGCAGUCCAGGCCUCACAGGUCUCCCAGGGUCAAAGGGCUACCCAGGAGAAGAUGGACGGAAUGGUUUACCAGGCCUCAAUGGACUUAAGGGAGAAGCGGGAACGCCGGGGUAUCCUGGAAUGAGAGGCGAGCCUGGGAGAACGGGACCGUCCGGAUCUCAAGGACAAAUGGGGACGCUGGGGCACAAGGGCGAACAAGGUCUGCCUGGCCCAGAGGGAGAAAGGGGACCGCCAGGUAGCAUGGGGUUUGACGGAGCAGCGGGCUUGGCAGGUCCCGCUGGCCCCGAGGGAACGAAGGGUUCGAAAGGUACAACAGGGACCCAGGGGCCGUGGGGACUACCAGGACCUGCGGGAAGGAAGGGAGAAGCUGGGCUCCCGGGGUCACCAGGUUAUGGCGGCCUCCCUGGGGGUGACGGAGAAAUGGGUGAGAAAGGAGAGGCAGGAUUGCCUGGCCACCAAGGAGACAGAGGCAUCCAAGGGUCAUACGGAUUGUCAGGAGACAAGGGAGACAGUGGACCUACAGGACCCAAGGGAGAGAGAGGAGAGCCUGGGCUGCCAGGGGAGAGGGGUCUGCAUGGACAUAAAGGGGACCCAGGCCCCGUGGGUAAUUUGGGACCAUCCGGCAUCUCUGGCAGUACAGGGGGCAAAGGCCUCCCAGGAUAUCCAGGUCGCCAAGGCAGGCCGGGACGUCCACUUGCAGAUAAUUACGUACGGAAGCUUUGCAACGACGUCAUCCGAGAUCACCUGGCUGGGUUGCUGCGGAGCAUCAUGAAGCCGUGUGAGCCUUGUGUGGCGUCACGUGGGUUACCCGGGCCCCCUGGUCCCCCCGGCACUAAGGGCUUCCGUGGCCUGUCUGGCUUUCCCGGUGAUAUGGGAAGGCCUGGAUACUCCGGGACACCUGGUGAACCAGGUGGCUCUGGGCUUAAAGGAGAGCGAGGGACGAAGGGUGACAAAGGAUCCAAAGGCUCUGGAAGGUUUGGACCCAUGGGAAAUGCUGGGCUGCCAGGUGCCAUGGGUCCCGCGGGCUUGUCGAAGGAGGGCGCAGCAGGAAUGACAGGUCCCCCCGGGCAGCAGGGCCAGCCGGGAAAACCGGGCAACCGAGGGCUGCCGGGGCUGCCGGGGGUGUGCGAUCCGCGAGGAUGCUUUGCGGCGUACGUCCCCUAUCGGCCAGGCUACCAGAAAGGUCCCAGUGACUGACGCAGAGAGGAGGCUCCGUAAGCGGGCGGCGUUUGCUUCGACGCACGGUCGGAAGUGCGUGAUGAACACGUGUCGACGGAUUUAAUCACCCUCCACUUUGGUUUGACAAAAGCAAACCGCGGGCACCCGCGUAGAUGUACAAGUGGAUUACACAGAAGGAGCUCACGCAUUGAAUUGAGUGUAUUAGCCACAGCCAACGUGUGGCCAAUGGGAACUACCCAAGGCAGCUUCAUUGUGAAAUUUUACAUGAAGGCAUUUUGCUUUAGAGAGCUACGAUCGCUGUAGUUGUGAUCAUCGAACCUUUUCAUUAAUUAAUUUGUAAUAAUUCUAAUAACUUAACCUCUUGCCCAUUGUUCACUAAAACCUCCAUGAAAUUGCAGGCUUUUAGUACUUGUGAAAUGUAUCUCUCCAUGCCACCUUAUUUUAUAAAGAAAUCUACUGCAAAUAUAAUUUUGGACAAAAUGUAAUCAAUGUAAAAAGUUACAAGCAUAUAAGCAACAGUAAUCAAGAGUUAUAAUGGCACAUUUGCAGACUCAACUUUUCCGAGUCCGUAUAAUUUGGUGAUCAUAGAUAUCUGGACUUUGUGGGGAAAUAUGCUUUCUGUAACAAGCAAUGUGCAAAUGUCUCAGUGGCAUUGCGAUAAGCAGUUUUUAGAGCGAUUUUUUACUUGAUCAAAAUGGUAAAAUUUUACUGGUGCUAAAUUAGCAUGUAUUUUUAGGAUUUGCACGUGUUUUGUACAAUGGAAACAUAUUUGUAAAAGGGGAAACAGUGCGACAGUUUAUCUUCACAUUUCACAGACUAAAUGCCAGUGCUUUGGUCACACAAAUAGAAUAAAGGUGGAAACAUAAUAUAAAGAGUUUAUCUUAUUCCCCAUUUCUUACAUGUUUUUAAUCCUCAUGACUUAAAUUGUCAAAAACAAACAUCUUUGAAGCUGAGAAAUCUUUACAUGUUUGUGCUAUCUGCUGAUUUUGUUAAACUAACGGAUUUAUUGUGUGUACAGUAUGAAGCGCCUGAGGAAGUAUUGGUUGAAGAGAAGCUUUGUUGUUGACAGCAGUAUAUUGUUUCAUCCCUCCAUCUGUAAGGUUAAGCAUUCUUUCAUUGACCUUAACAUAGUUGUUCGAAGUGCACGGUAGUUAAUGAUGUAAGUUGUGGUAUAUCGACUUCCUUUGCAAUACUUUUGUUCAGUUUCACACCAAUAUCUUUUCGUCAAGGUGGCGAGAUGUUAACUACCUCGCCUGGUAUACAGGACGCUGUGGUUCGAUCCUAACCCUAACGUCUGUAUAUUUGGAGUUUGCAUAUCUCUCUCCCCGUGGUCGUGUGGACUAUUCUCCAGGUCUGCCGGGUUUUCUCUCCACAUUUAGAAACAUCCGUUUAGAGUAUUUGGCUGCAAUAAAUGUCCACGUGAUGAGCCACUUCGUUGAGCUAUAUGUGGCCAAACGGCUUCUGAAAAAAAGCUUUAUAGCUCAGUAGAUGCCGUUGUGCAAACUUAAUGGUGGAUACUUUUGUUUUGGAAUAAUUUUUCAUGAUCCAGCUAAUCAGUGAUGAUCACCAAGUACAUUUUAAGUAAAUUGUAUUUUCUAUUAUAACGUGCGAGCCCGGCAUACCACACCGAUGAUGUACCACUUCUUGCUACAUUUCUACAUUAGAACAUUCACACAUUAUUACAGCACUGUAUGAAGAGAUCGAGAGAAGGAACGGGCAAGCAGAAGUAAGCCCCACAGAGCGGUGUUUGUUUCAACAGGUAAUGUAUAAAAUAGCUACGAGCAUAUAUUACUAAGGGCACUGAUUACACGUAAUAUUUGGAAACCAUCUUGAUGUCUUUCUUAUGACAAUAAUGAAUACAUAUGUAAAGGAGAGCCGACACAAGAUUGCAGGGGUUUCGUCCUUUAAUCUUUUUCUCCCAUCCACACCUGUCCCCAGCCGUCCCAAUCUCGUUCCCGCCAAAGGCCCCUCUUCCCUCCCGUUCUCCCCUUAUAUCCCCUCGAUCACCCCUCCCACUAACCCUCCUAUUGGUGGGAACCCUUCCCCUGACACCCCUACACAUACACUAUCAGCUCAAUCCUCCAUUAAACACAUGACCAACCCUAUUCCGAAUUCCUCCCCUCUCCCCGCCCCCUUUCAAAACAGACACUGCUCCAUGCAGCUCACAACUGCUCGCCCCCUUCCUUCCCUCCCCUCUCAUCAGCAUCUUGGCUCGCCAAUUCCUUCUCCCCCUCCUCCCCUUCACACAGGCACUCUUUGAGCUCUCCCCUUUCUGUCGAGGGGACUUCCGUCGUCCGUUAAUGUUUCAGGUCAUCUUGCCCAAUCUUUCUUUUGUGAAAUCGACUCUUCUCCCCCAUCCCAAGGUCUGCCACAGUUGAACAGUUUCAUAGUUAAUUAUAAUUGUUAGCACUUGACCAUGCUGCAAGGCCUCUCGAUGUUGUUUUCCUAUAUCCAUGACAUACCAUGCAUUGUUUUUGUUUAGCUUCAUAGUUGUAGCUGUUUUUUUAAGUGUACAUUUUAUGUGUAAACUAUGCACUUAAAAGUACUUGACAAACAUAUCUCAAGCCGAUUUUGGCUUUGCUUAAAUCAGCAUUUUAUAUGGAACUAUUAACGUGUUUUAUUAUGUUAUACAGGUAACGUUAAUCGUUGUACUUUUCAAAAUGCAUUAUAUAAACAGAAAAUGUGGAUCCGUACUAUUGUAUUCUACCUCAAGCAAGCCAUGUGUUGUGUGAUGCAUAAGGUGCAUGCAAAAUUGCUUGUUCAUUUGUGGAGGGGAAUUUUAAUCA